GGUUUCUAUAGAAAUCGAUGUGUCUGGUGCAUCGGCCUGGACCCAGACCCUUCCAGCGUGAGUCAUUCUUUAUCAAGGGCUUUGUAACAUUGCAAUACACUAUGCAUCGAUUAAAUAAAAAUAAAACGUAGGUAUAAACAAAACGAUAGGUGAAUGUUCAGCGCGUCACAACAUUAACAUACCAUUAACAUAACAUUGAAGUGACUAUGUUGUCUUCAUUAUAUUAUGAAUAACGACUACGUACCUAUAAUCCGGUUAGUGAUACUUGGUGCUUCGUACACGUACAAUGCCUGUCAUACUUGCAGCGACAGUAAUUAUUAUAAUUACUCUGCUAUACAUACAUUUUACAAAACACAACGAUGGUUGGAUAGAAAAAAGUGUUCCCGGGCCAGAACCAACUUUUAUAUUCGGAAAUGUAGAAGACGCAGUGCUUAGAAGAAAACAUAUAGGCAUUGUUUUCAAGAAUAUCCAUAAUGCGUAUUCAGAAGAAAAGGUGUUGGGUAUUUUUGUUAUGAAAAACCCAGAAUUGUUAAUUAGAGAUCUUGAUGUUGUACGGAAUAUAUUGACUAAAGACUUUGAUUUUUUCAUCGAUCGUGGUGUUGAGUUUGAAAACAAUCUUGGAGCUGAUUUGCUACACGAUGAAAAUACUCGUGGCAUGGUGCGUAGUCGCUUUUAUUUUUUGUUUACUAGAGAAAACCUUCAGAAUAUGAUGCAUCUCUUAAUUGAAAAAGGAAACGCAUUUGUGGAACAUGUUGAUCAGAUUACGCAGUCAAAGCAAGAACAAGACGUCCAUGGUUUGGUUCACAAAUUUACGCAAGCAAGUAUUGCCUGUGCACUCGGUGUAAACCUUGACACUUUUGAUAAAGAAUAUGAUACUCUUCUUACCAACCAAAAGGCAACAACCUUUAACUUUGGGCGGGAGCUUGAGUUGAUGUAUCCCAGCAUUUUAAAUAAACUUAGAUACUUCUUUUUACCAAAAAAGAACAGCUUCUUUUUAUAUAAAUUGGUCCAAAAUUUUAUAUCACAAAGAACUUAUGAACCAAGAAAUAAAAAAGACUUCAUGGAUUUGAUAUUAAAAUUAAUAAAAGAGGAGCAUAUAUCGGAGCAGAAGAGGAAUGGUGAUACACGUAGUUCAGGUGUAACCGACGAAAUGAUAGCAGCACAAGCGUAUAUUUAUUAUGCACUGGGUAACGAAACUAUUGCCUCAACUUUAGGUUUCUUGCUGUACCAGCUAGCUCUGAAUCCAGACAUCCAAGAUAAAGUGGUAACAGAAAUAAAAGAAAUGCUAGAAAAUCAUAACAAAGAAAUUACUGUACAAGGUAUUUUAGAUCUAUCUUACAUGGGAAAAGUCCUUGACGAGACUUUAAGAAUGUAUCCAGUAGUUCCUUAUUUGAGGAGGAAAUCUACCAAGAAAUACAUGAUACCAGAUACCAAUUUAAAAAUAGAAAAUGGAGAGUUCAUUAGGAUUUCGGUGCUUGGUAUCCAUUAUGAUAAAAAAAUCUAUCCGACGCCGGAUGUGUUUGACCCUGAAAGAUUCUCUCCUGAAAAUGUAGCGGCUAGGCACGAGUGCUCAUAUUUGCCGUUUGGACUUGAUCCUGGACAUUGCAUAGCUAAGAGCUUCGCACAAGUGGUAUCGCGGGUGUGUCUAGUGAAACUCCUCUCUCAGUUUCGAGUAGAACCCUCGGAUAAUACGCCUCGACAAGUCGAGUACGACUCGACACGUACAGUGCUGUACCCUAAAGGCAGUUUCCUGAUUCAUUUCGUGAAGAGAAAAGAUUCCCAUUAGCCUAAUUAGCUCUUUUUUGAGCUUAAUUAUAACUGUAUUUAGAGUCUUUUAAUAUUACACAAGCUGCGAAAAG